AAUGGCCAAGUUGUUGAUACUUUUUAAAAGUGACAACAAAUUGCAGAAAGAGUCUUUUCCUCCCUCAGAUAAGUCAUAUCCCCAGGCUUUACAAAUGACAUUACAUUACUAACUUAAAAAAACAUUCUUUAUUUUGAGAUUUAGAAGGAGAUUGUGCACUCUCUGACAAAACAUCACAAUUAUUGAUGAAAGUUACUGGUGUCAAGAAUUUGUUCUAGUGCUUGUUGGGAAGUGGGGAAGGUUGAUUCUUUCCUCCAUAUAAUUCUUCAUUACAGCAUAGCCCCUUUUGUUUUUGUCCCUCUACUCUGUCUGCUCUCUGCUGCUGGCUAAGGAGUUGGCUAGACAUUUCAUACUAUGGAAAUUUUACCAGGAGCAAGAGAGCAUCUUUUGGGGUCAAACGGGAAUGAAAAUGGAUUUGAAGAGAAUCCAGAAAUCAAGAUUCAGGUUAGAGGUCUUACAAAGGUGUCUGAAAAGGGUGUUUCUAUAUUGAACAAUGUGAACGUUGACAUACCUAAAGGUGUAAUCAUGGGUGUUAUAGGCCCAAGUGGUAGUGGAAAAUCAACCUUUUUGAGAUCACUUAAUCGAUUGUGGGAACCAUCUUCCAACUCUGUGUUUUUGGAUGGUCAUGAUAUAUGUGAUCUGGAUGUGCUCGCCCUCCGCCGGAAGAUUGGCAUGCUGUUUCAGAUUCCUGUUCUCUUUGAAGGUACUGUUGCAGAUAAUGUACGAUAUGGGCCACAGUUAAAAGGAAAAAAACUAAGUGACAAUGAGGUAUACAAGUUGCUGACUCUAGCUGACCUGGACUCAUCUUUCUUCAACAAGUCUGGUGGGGAACUCUCUGUUGGUCAAGCACAGAGAGUUGCACUUGCUAGGACCUUGGCCAAUGAACCAGAGGUUCUGCUGCUGGAUGAGCCAACAAGUGCACUGGAUCCAAUAUCAACUCAGAAUAUUGAGGAUGUUCUUGUAAAGCUGAAGAGGGAGCAGAAUAUGACCAUUGUGAUGGUUUCACAUAGCAUCAAACAAAUAAAGAGAAUAGCUGAGAUAGUAUGCCUGCUUGUCAAUGGAGAGAUUGUAGAAAUUUUAAAGCCUGAUCAACUCUUUGAAUCUAAACAUCCCAUGGCACAAAGAUUUCUUGAACUCAGCUCCUAAAAACUUCUCGCCGACCCCUCUUUUCUGUAUGUGUUGUGUUUUUGAUGCUUGGAUGGAUGGUGAAGUCCAGGAAACCAAUUCCAGAUGUGUAAUAUAUUUGAUAUUUAUCAUAAAUAUACUCUUGUGUCACCACUGUGAUGGCUGUGCAGAUUGAGUAGCAACUGGCACAAGCAGUUGAGAUUUUUCUUUUUCAAAAGAAGUGUCUUAAGAUAUUUGUACAAUGUAUAGGUCCGGCAAACAAUGCUACAUGUCUUUGUUGCUGAUCUAUCCCAAACAAUAAGACUUUGUGAUAUCUUCUUAGCAAAGUUCGAUAUACUAAAGGGGCAUCUCGAAUGCCCUGCAGAAAGAACACUUCCAAUCAUCAA